AUCAGAUCCACUUCAGAAAUUCCUCAAACCCUCGUUUAGACCCCGUCUCUUUCUAAACCCAUACAACCACCACCAAGUAAUUGAGUCUUCAACUCUCUUGAAGACAAACAAGACUCGAGACUCCGAACCCACCAAGUACCCGUACCUCUUAGUGCAGAGAGGGAGAGAGCAGAGAGAGUAGAGAGAGAAGUGGUCUCAACGUUCAACAAAUGGCUGAGCAAAGCAGAGUUGGAGGAAGCAGAGACGUACCUGUACCCAUAAAUCCAUCCAUUCCUUCAGGCGAACAGACUGUUUGGGCCGAUGUUUCGUCCCUACUCCAAGCCGCCUGCACAGAUCUUCGAGAUGGUGAGCUCAUUCAUGGAGAGAAUUUUAAUCUUUUUGCUGCCAUGUCCGCUCUGGAGAUAAUGGAUCCAAAGAUGGAUUCAGGUAUUGUUUGCCGAUAUUAUUCUGUCGAUGAAGCCAUUGAGAAUGGUGCUGCUCCAGUCCCUUUAAGCUUCAAUAAAACUGUCGAUGUUCAGUGUACUAUUGACAUCAUGGACUAUCUUCUAGCUUGUGAGGCGACAUGGCACAAAGGUCAAUCAUUGGCGCAAACUGUUUUCUCCUGCAUCUAUCUUCUGAGGCCUGAUAGAACAUCAUCACAUGCGUUACUGCAUUCUUAUUGCAGAAUAAUACGUGCAACCUGCAAUGCUGUUGUUUCAGUUGUGUCAGAUGCACGUACACAUGAAGAAGAAGAUUUUUUUACAAUGACAUAUGGUUUACCUUUGAAGGGGGAUGGUGAUGAAAAAUGCUUAUCAAUGCUACAUGCUGUAGAAGAAACAAUUUCUCGCCAAUUACGUGCAUGUAAAGCAUCAUCAUCUAAAAAGAGAGUAUUAGAAGAUAUAGAGCCAUUACAAACUAAAAUUGAUUUAGAAGAAGGAUAUUGCAAAGCUUUGUUAUGCCGCUUACGCUUUCGUAAGCACUUUUACCACGUUCUUACAUGUAUGAGGCGAUCUCAAGGCAAAGGUCUAGAGUUAGCGAGAAAACAUAUAGCUUCCUGCUUGUCAGAGCUACAUUGCAUUCUUAAAUCAUCGGAAUUCCUUAGGUCCAACCAUGCAUGUGAAACUUGUGGAGAUGGAAUAGAAGACAGAACAACAGCUUCUGGUCGGCAACCUAUUGGGUUCGAUGCUAGUUUAAACAGUAGAUUAUCUGCUCCUACUCCACCUCGUGCAAUUAAAAUUUUUGACUGGAAAAAGGCUGUUGAAUAUUUCCAAAAGCUUCUUCAUGAUCUGGAUGUUAUGUGUUCGUACUCUUUGGACCCAUCGCUAGAAGGUCUUUUACGCUUUGUGGUUGAGUUCCAAAAGCUUCAACCUGAUUUGGUUGCAAGAGCUCAUCUUCAGUGUCUACUGGUUCAAGACGGAAAACUCUAUGGACGAGAUCCUAUCUUUGCUGUGAUAUCCAAAGCUGCAGCAUUACCUGAAUUUUUAAAGAACCAUGAUUUGCAAAAGAACGAAACUGUUGUACAACUAGGGCAGUUAGUGGUCAGUUUGCUUAAAAUUAUUUGUACAAAUGUUGCAUGGCAAAGGCGUAAACUUGGAAAAAUUUUACAAGAUUGGCGUGUCAUCUUUGUGCAGCUAGAGCUGGCUUUUAGGAAGGAGUUUCGGGAAAUCUCAAGCACUUUGAGUGAUGAGGAUGCAUGCAUGAUGAUAACCAAAAACAUCCUCGUUUGGGUGGAGGAGCAGACAUACUGGAUAGCUUCUCGUUUUCUCGUGUUGGGCUUUGAGCUUGAGCUAUAUUCUCCCAGUGAAUAUUGCAUGGUGUACUGGUAUAUUUAUGUUGUUUUGAUCAAGCUGGCGGAAAAAACACAUGUUAAGAUGAUGGCAAGCAAUGCAACUGACAAACGGAAGGGGAAGAAGAAAAGGGACUCCCUAAAGGAUGUGGCAAGGGAUUAUCAAAUUUCACCCAAGAUCUUGCUGCUGCAGUGCCAUAUAUAUCUUGCUGAAGGGCUCAUGAUGAUGCUCGCUGCUUUGAAGAAUGAACAGAAGGUCUUUGAGAAUUUGGGUCCUUUUAAUACCGAGCAUGAGAGAUUCAUUCAGCACUUCGAGCUCCUACAGAAAGCUUGCCUUCCCGAUCACAUCUCAUACCACUCAUUCAAAGAAUGUACUGGCCAUGUUCGCUUAUCUACAUUAACUGUGUAUAGUUGCUUUAAAGAUGCUCUGAGGAUUGCCAAGGAGUUGAGAAGUAGUUUUUCGAGUGACCCACAAAAAAUGGCAGAACUUCGACGGAUAGAGCAGGUGGCAGAACACAACGGUGUUGCCCUAAAUCUCAUAUCUCGUUUAGGGACACUUGAUUCAUCACUAAAGGUCUUCUUUGAAUUUAGCCACCAUCCUUACUUUGCUACAGCUGUUGUGAAGAGAUCUUGAGGUACUAGUCACAUAUGAUCGCCCACCAAUUUUGAUAUGCAUCUGAGUCGUGCCUUAUAGCCUUUGUAACAUUAUUCAUUCUUUUUAUUUCGUUAAUUUUAUUUUUAUUUUAAUAAUUUUAAUAUUUAUUAUUUUAUGAAUAUGUACAUUUUUAUUAGAAAAGAAUAAUCGUAAGUUUUUUUGUUUUGUUUUUUUUUUUUUUCAGACUGUAUUCAUAAAAUUUGCUGAUGUAUGGCUUUUUACUGAAGGUGACGAUUGAUUAACAAAGUUUUGUUGAAGAACC